AUGCCGUCAAUUAGAGAACAUCAACCUUCUCAUUCGCAUUCUUCAGGCGAUCAUUCGCCAACAAAGAGUGAUAAGUCGUUAUUAGCUGAUAAAGACCGUAACAUACGUGGUAAAAGUAGUCCAAGCAUUAUCACGAGAGUUCCGAGAGUAGGCGUGACAAAUUUUAUAAAUGUGAUAAAAAGUUUACAUCAAGAUGAAUCAAUAAAUUACUUUCCUGUAACAAAGGAAACUUUACAGGAAUAUAUCGAUUCGGAAAGAAAGGACCUCAUAAAAGCCGGGUCGCUUGAUCAAUAUUUACAACAUAUUCAAGCUUAUAAUAACAUUGCCCUUGGCUUUGGUUGGGACGAACAAGUAUUUUGUCCAAUCAUCAAAAAAGCUUUAGACGAAUUAAGAAAUUAUGAAGAUGAGACUUCUUCAAUGAUCGAAAGUAUCUCAAGCCAACCACAACCUACUUUAGUAAAUUCUGCAAUUUCGCAACAAUCGAAUAAUUUUUCAAAUUAUUUGAUUCCUAAUUUUUAUUCAAUACCAGAUGAUGUUGAAAUGGAAGAUUUAUUUACAAUUGAUAAAGCUUCAUUUUUGAAUCAUCUUUGUGGUAUAAUUAAUCCACAACCAAUUUCAAGUUAUCAGACGCCUCUCAUUUCUUUGCCUGUCUAUUUGAUUAAUCAUCAAGAAAUUGUUUAUUAUGAUAAUAGAGGUAAUACCUUUUCUUUUGAGCCUAUAGAAGGCCUUCAAGUGGCGAGGAUUGUGUUCAUGCUUCGAUUAUGGAAGAAUCAAGCACUAUGA